GGUGAUUCAUGAUUGUCAACAAGUAUGACUUACCUUCAACUCGAUUAUUUAUUUAAUUCAUAUUUGUAAAAUAUUUUAAAUAUAUUUUUAUUGCUGUCCAGGCUGUUUGUUAAAUUGUUGGUAGUUUAGUUAACUGAUUCGUAGAUCACAGGCAAUUACGCUAGCGUCGUUAUUGAAAACAUAGGAUCUGUGAGACGCGAGGUCGCGAAUCGGGAGCAGAAGUGGCAGAACUUAAAUAUUGAACAUGCGGUGUUGUGUGCCUUUCUGCAGGAGCACUGCAGCCAAUGUGCGCACAGCAGAGGGCAGACGCAAGGACGAGGGGAUUACUUUUCACGGUUUCCCUAGUGAAGCAUGUCUACGUGCAGCUUGGCUCAGAGCCCUCGGCAAACAAGACACUCAUCUGCCAGACUCUGCUGUGGUCUGCUCGGAGCAUUUUCUGAGUGAUGACUUCAGUGAGACUGAAAGUGGCUCGAGGCAGAUUGCUCCUGGCGCCAUUCCUUCAACAGUGCUGGUAUGCACAAUGUGCCUGGACAGUGACAGCAAGCAGUUGCUAAUGAGUAAAUACAAGUUGGAUGAGGCAUACCAACAGUUUAUUGGUCUUCCUUUGUGUGAUCGAGGGAACCUGCAACAAACACUUUGUGUACGAUGUGCUCACAGACUGAUAAACGUCACCAGAUUUAGAGACGACAGCUUGAGAACCCGCUCACUGAUGAAGGACUUAGUUGAGAAACAUGAAGUUAUAACAUACAAACAUAUAAAAACAAUUAUCACCGACAAAAAUCUCCCAAAAACUAAAUUUGCGAUUACAACCCUAGCUCCAAACUACUGUGACCUACACAUUGUACAAGAGCACGAUGAAGACAAACAGACAGAAUCAGUAGAAACUGUACACAGUGACACAGUUGUUGAGAAAACUGAAGACAGUCUUGACUCUAUGUUGGCUGAAUACGAUGAGCUCGUAUCCAACGGUCAUAACUCGGUACCCGUGGAGAGUUGCACUGAUUUUGAGUCAAAGCUGCUAGACAAAGAUCUUCAGAAUGAUCUACAAAGUCAAGCUUUAAGCUCUGCGAUUCCAGAAUAUGUGACCAUACAGCAUACAUUGGAAUAUGAAUAUAGUUUUCAGUGUAUACUUUGUUUGGAGGAGUUUUGCCAUGAACAAGAGUACAAUACACAUAUGAACAUGCAUCUUCAGUACAGCGAUGCUGACAGCGAAUGUGUGACGUCACAAGUGAGUGAGCCUGCUGCAGCUGAGAGCUCUGACUGGCACUCGGCGCCCCUCAUUGAGCACAAGUUAAUAUACUGUAGCAGUGGUGCUGACAGCGAAUGUGUGACGUCACAAGUGUGUGAGCCUGCUGCAGCUGCGAGCUCUGGCUGGCACUCGGCGCCCCUCAUUGAGCACAAGCAUGCAGUUCAGAGCCUGGACGAUGACUCUCACCCUCCCUCAGACUUGGCUCAACUUUCAGUUGCCUCAGUGCACGCGCGAACUGGUAUUGAGGAACAAGCUGUUAUGCAGGGAAGCGAAGAGGCAGUUGACAAUAGGAAACGUAAACAGUUGUCUGAAAGCAAUUUGCUGACGUUCACUUGCAGGCUUUGUCAAUUCAAAACUCCCUACAAAUUUAACUUAAAUAGACAUAUGCAAAUACACAAUGAAAAUAAAGGCUUCAUAUGUACGCUAUGUCCUCACAAUACGAAUACCAAACGUAACUUAAUGAGACAUAUGCGAACUCACACUGGUGAAAAACCUUACGCAUGUAAUGUAUGCGAGUACAAAUGUACUGAAAAGAGCCGCCUGGUGAGACAUAUGCCAAUACACACUGAAAAUAUAGUUUUCACAUGUACUUUAUGUCCUCACAAUACUAAUACCAAACGUAACUUAAUGAGACAUAUGCGCACUCACACUGGUGAAAAAUCAUACGCUUGUAAUGUAUGCGAGUACAAAUGUACUGAAAAGUGUCGCCUGGUGAGACAUAUGCGCACUCACACUGGUGAAAAGCCUUAUACAUGUAACUUGUGCGAAUAUGCAAGUGCUUAUAAAAGUAAAUUAGUAAAUCAUGAGCGAACUCACAUCAAAAAAACCUUUGAAUGAUUUUUUAAGAGCUCAUUGGGGGAUACAAAAAUAUAUCAGCCUACUGGCGACAAAUUUCUAAAUCCACCACUGAAAGGCGUAUAGAAGACCAAAGAGGAAAGGAUGCACCUUUAAUACAGUAAAUAAAUAUACAGUAAAUCAUUUUUUGUUUGUAAGACGAUUUCGAUUAGUACCUGAACAAAUAAAUUAUUAUAUUGAUAGAAGAA